CUGAAAACGUGUAGGGGUGGAGAGAGAGGGCGGUGAGUUUCCAACAAGGCGUUCUAAGUGAACUGUUAGAUCCAGCGACGUGCUGGUGUUGUGUUUGUGACUGCACUGAGACUCGGGACCUCUCUCCCUUGCUGCCUGUUCUCUGCUGCUGGAUGUCACUGCCGGUGGUCUUGCCCAGUUCUUGCCCCGUGGUUGCUGGUGCAGCCGGCGGAGAGCCCCCAGUGCGCUGCCGAGGUCGCUGGGCUCCGGGAACGCUGCCCCAGAACCCUGGGAGCAACUCCGGGCGCCAGGCAGUAUCCAGCCCGCUCUACGGCCGCUCCCUCUUCGCCCUGGGACUGCUGCAGAUCGCCCUGGGCUUCUCCGUCGUCUCCCUCAGCUUCGGGGCUCUGUCCCUCACCGAAUCCCCCAACGUGAGGAACUCUUGCCCGUUCUGGGCCGGCUCUUCGGUAAUUCUUUCGGGCAUCCUGGGAUUAACCACAUGGAAAAGGCCAAUGCUGCUUUUGGUCAACUUGUUCAUCCUGCUGUCUGUUGUCUGCGUCCUGCUGAACUUGGCUGGAUUUGUCCUCUCAUGCCAGAGUGCGCAGUUUGUGUCUGGUAUUGUGGACUGUAAGCUGGUCAAGAUUGUCGAGGGUAGUAGUUGCUUCUGCUGUGAAGAUAGCCAGGCAACAAAAUGCAGCAAUAAAAAGGAAAUAUUGAUAUUGUACCCAGUUCUCUCUGUGACCUGUGACACGGUUCGUCUUGUGCUUAAGGACCUCCUCUUUGCCAUUUGUGUGCUCAAUGCAUUGACCACCACCGUGUGUGUUGUGGCUGCGGCCUUGCAGUAUCUCCAGAUAUUCGCAGGCAGGCGACCUCAGGCGAUUGAAGCCCAAAUUCCCCAAGAAGAGUCUGAAGGUACGCGGCAGAUUCCUGAUCCGGAUGAAUUUGUUCCACCCAUCCCACCUCCUCCGUACUUUUCCACUUUCUGCUCCUACAGUCCCAGGAUUAAUCCACGGAUUCUUAGCAAUGAUGUAAUUCCUCUGACACAUAUCUACGCCUCCAGGAUGAAAGGGAUUGAAGUCUUUUGUCCGGUCGAACCCCCUCCCCCUUAUGAAGCUGUUGUGAGGGACCAAACUGAUGAGCAGGUUUCAAGCUUGCUGAACGCUAGGACAACAGAGGCAGAACUGGAGCAAACAUCGUGUGCUGCAUCUGACGACAGCAAUGUUCCGAGCUGCUCCCUCAGCGACCCCCUGCAGCUGUGCAUAGUGCACCCAGCCCGGAGCAGGAAUUCUGAAGCAGGAUGCAGGAAGUCGAGCAGGUCUGGCUUGAGAAGAUCAAACAGUGACCCAGUGCUCCAGGAAUUAGUAAUAGAAGAACUGGUGCUGAGCUGUGAGGCAGCGACGCAAACUGACGAGAGGGCAGAGAUGCAGGCCGUGACCUUGCGCAGGGGCCGCAGGUCGAGAAGCCCCAGGUCAAGACCUAGGUCAUUGGUGGAUUACACCAGCUACAGAGACACCAAGUUGUUGGUGGCCAGCUUCUUAAAGCAUUCAUCAUGCAGCAUGACCCCCGAGGUGCAGGAACUGGUGGAUAAUAUUAGAUCGGUGUUACAGUCGGAUGAGGAACAUAUGGAAGAGGCUGUGGCGAGUGCCAACAUACUUGACCAGGCUAUCACGGGCAGCUUGCAACACACCAUCUCGCGCAGGGAGAUGGCCCAGACACAAGGGCGCACACGGCUGCUCCACCUACAAAGCUGCGGAGACCUGAGCACGUGCGCUGUUGGCGAGUGGCGGCCGGGAACCAGAGGAAGGGUAUUCAAAGGCCAACAGGAAAGGCCCCACAGUCUCAUCGGUGUGAUACAAGAGACUGUGCUGUGAGCACGCAGGACAUUUCUAAGUGCAAUUUGAGCCAAAACUCUGUCUGAAAAGCUCAAGCAACAAAUGCCAGGACAGGAAUAACUUAAAGCUGAUAGUGCAAUACAAAGAAGGGGAGAAGCUUAAUUAGAGCCGUACCUAACAUACUGGAGAACGACGUGUAAAGUGUCCUUAACUCAAAUGGUGAAUUAAUGAGAUUUGCCAUUUAUAAUAUUAAAAUGUUUAGUUGUUCGAAAGCAUGAGAUUCCUCAGCUCAUACCUGUCAUUAAGUUAAAUCUUUUGACACCUUACUGCCCAGCUUUGAUAGAGAAAUUUCAGUGACCUUCCCUGUUCCUUGCUUCCUUUUUGAAACAGAAAUUGAGGAGUUACCCACCUGAACAAGGUAAAAAUGGAAUUAACACUGACGCUUUCUAACUGUUACCUUUACUGCACUGAAUUAUCAAAGUACUACAUUACAUCGAGUACACUGUCUUCAAAUUAGGGAUUCUUCUCUGCAGACAUAUAUUAAGAGUGCUGACCACAACAAAAGCAAAUAAAUUUGACAUACAAAUGUUGCACUUGAUAAGUUCUCCAAAAAUACUAAAGUAUUUUGUCGCUGUUUACACAUUUUAGAUUCAGUCUCAUUAAUGGAACAAUCCCAUUUUGAUCCAGAACUGACUAAUGAAAUUCCGUGAGCUGCUUAGAUCAGGAAAGACUAGCGGUACAUUUGUGUGACAAAAUUAUUUCCUUUGCAUUCAGCAGCAAUAUAUAAUUUAAAGUUUAGCAAAUUAUCUUUAAUAUUGUAUAUGAAUAAAGUGUAUAUAUAUUAUAUAUGUAAUAUAUAUCUAAAACCAUACAACCACCUUGCUCCCUGUGGGCUAUCCACACAACAGAUCAACACUGAGAAGUAUGCAUCAAGGAAGUUUACAUUUCAUGUGUUUGGUCUCUACGCAAAACUGAACAUAGGUAUCCUCUACCACUAGUGUCAGUUUGUUCUUAUUUAGCAAUAUAUUGUUGUAGAACAGUGGCUCCCAUAUGUCAAACUCUUGAACUGUUUAAACAGAUCUAAUUGCACUAUUUUGAAGAGGGAUUGAGGAAAUCUCCCCUGCCAAUACUUAGCUCUAAACCACUAUCUUUAGGGCUGAGGUUUUUGUGCUCAAACUGGUUACAUUUCCUACAACAACUGCUAAUAUUACCUAUAAUCCAGCACCCACCUGUCUUUUAUCUUGGGAGCUAUGUUCCAGCUUGAUACUUUCAGGUCAAAAAAGCCAACAAAAGAAAAAAUUGAUACUGUUAAUUAUGACAAAGUCAGUUUGCUGUUACCUAGCAAGAAUGAAGAGUAUAAUGCUUUCACCAUU